CGCCAAGAUGGCGCUGGCUAUAGAAACUCGGGUACCCGCAGCGGCCGGAGCCGGGCCCGGGAGCCCCACACCGGGUACCGACUAGCGCUGUUCUAGCCACGGGGCUGCGCUCGAGCGUUCGCAGUUCCCCUGACCUCAGGGGACACCUACGUCCUUCCUCCCCGGCGCGUCCAUGAACUCCGUGUCGCCGGCCGCGGCGCAGUACCGCAGCCGCAGCGGGAGCCCGGAGGACGCGCGCCGGCCCGAGGGUCGCCGGCCGAGGGGACAAACCCGGAUCCCGGAUCCCAACAGCCUGGGACCUUCGGGAUCCGGCGGGGCAGCUCUAGGCUCAUCUGGAACCGACCCCGCCGAGCCUGACGAGGUGGACAAGUUCAAAGCCAAGUUCCUGACAGCCUGGAACAACGUCAAGUAUGGUUGGGCAGUUAAAAGCCGGACCAGCUUCAGCAAGAUCUCUACUGUUCACCUCUGUGGGCGACGCUACCAUUUCGAGGGAGAGGGUGACAUCCAGCGGUUUCAAAGAGACUUUGUAUCUCGACUAUGGCUUACAUAUCGCCGGGACUUCCCACCCUUAUCUGGGGGCAGCCUGACCUCAGACUGUGGCUGGGGAUGUAUGUUACGAAGUGGUCAAAUGAUGCUGGCCCAGGGCUUGCUCUUGCAUUUUCUGCCUAGAGACUGGAGGUGGGUGGACGGCACAGGAGUAGCUUCUUCUGAGAUGCCAGGGCCUGCCUCUCCCAGCCGCUACCAAGGGCCUGGUCGUCGUGUGCCACCACGGUGGACCCAGGGUACACUGGAGAUGGAGCAGGAUCGUUGGCACCGGCGGAUUGUGUCCUGGUUUGCUGACCAUCCCCAGGCCCCCUUUGGGCUACAUCGGCUAGUGGAACAUGGGCAGAGCUCUGGCAAGAAGGCAGGAGACUGGUACGGGCCCUCUGUGGUGGCACACAUCCUCAGGAAAGCUGUGGAGAGUUGCUCGGAGGUCACCCACCUGGCGGUGUACGUCUCUCAGGACUGCACAGUGUACAAGGCAGAUGUGGCACGCCUGGUGUCGUGGCCAGACCCCACAGCUGAGUGGAAGUCUGUGGUUAUCCUGGUGCCUGUACGCCUGGGUGGUGAGACCCUUAACCCCGUGUAUGUGCCCUGUGUGAAGGAGCUUCUGCGGUCAGAACUCUGCCUGGGCAUCAUGGGGGGCAAGCCCCGGCAUUCACUGUACUUCAUUGGCUACCAGGAUGACUUCCUGCUCUACUUGGAUCCCCACUACUGCCAGCCUACUGUGGACGUCAGCCAGGCUGACUUUCCCCUGGAGGUGAGAUGGUGGCUUUGGGUGGGAGCUGCAGGCACAGUCACAAAAUUGGGGUACCUCAAAUCUCUCCCAUCUGCUCAGUCCUUUCACUGCAACUCACCUCGCAAGAUGGCCUUUGCCAAGAUGGACCCCAGCUGCACUGUCGGGUUCUACGCUGGGAACAGGAAGGAGUUUGAGACUCUCUGCUCGGAGCUGAUGAGGAUCCUCAGCUCCUCCUCAGCCACAGAGCGGUACCCCAUGUUCACUGUGGCUGAGGGCCACGCUCAGGACCACAGCCUGGAUGCCCUCUGCACCCAGCUCUCACAGCCCACAUUGCGGCUGCCUUGCACAGGACGCCUCCUGAAGGCCAAACGGCCCAGCUCUGAGGACUUUGUGUUUUUAUAGUGGG